AUGCGUUUUGAUCUUGGCUUGCCUCAUGAUUUUAUCCUCACACUUCUUCCCGAAUUUCCUGAGUAUUUUCAGAUUUGUAAUAUGGAUAAUAAUUCAAUGGGUUCUAAUAAUUCAAUGGGCUCUGUAGUGUUCGGUCUAGAAUUGGUCUCAUGGAGAGAUAAUCUGGCAACCUCAGUGUUGCAGAGAAAAACAAUGGAGGAAAGUUAUGGUGUUAAAAGGCAAAUGCCCAUUAAGUUUCCAACAAAUUUACCAAAAGGGUUUGAUUUAGAAAAGAAAACUUUAGAAUUGACUUCACAAGUUGGCGUUGAUGACGUUCGGAUGAUAGGAAUCACGGGUCUGGGUGGUGUGGGGAAGACGACUCUUGCAAGUGUAGUUUUUGAUCAGAUAGCCAAUCAAUUUGAUGGUAAAAGUUUUGUUCAGAAUGUUAGAGAAUGCUUACAAGACUCCAGGGGUUUCCAGGAUAUGCAAAAACUGAUCCUUACUUCUGUGUUUGGGGAUCAAAGCAUUGACGUGCCAAGUGAUUUUGAGGGGCGUAGUAUGAUGAAAAGGAGGAUGCCUAGUAUAAAAGUCGUAGUUGUAAAUGAUGUGAAUGAUGUAAAGAAACUUGAGGCGUUAGCAGAACCAAGUUGGUUUGGGCCAGGAAGUAGAAUCAUCAUUACAUCAAGAGAUAAGCAAGUAUUGGAAGCUCAUGGAGUUCACAAUAUUCAUGAUGUUAGUACGUUAUCAGAUGAGGAUGCAAUUCGUCUCCUUAGUAGGUAUGCUUUUAAAGCAGAGAAUCCAGCUCAAGGUUAUGAAGAGCUAUCUAAAGAGGUUUUGCGCUAUGCUGCUGGUCUUCCUUUAACCAUCAAAACUUUAAGUUCAUCCCUACGUGCUCGUUCCACAGUUGUAUGGGAAGAUGGCAUAAAAAGACUAAAAGAUAUUCCAUGGGGUGAUACCUUAAAAAUAUUGAAAAUAAGCUAUGAUGCUCUAGAGGAGGAUCAGAAAGACAUAUUCCUACGUGUUUGUUGCCUAUUGAAAGGUGAAACGGAGAAGAAAGCAAUCAGAAUACUAGAAAGUUUAGGAUUUCAUGCUCAGAUUGGUUUAAGUGUUCGCAGAAAUCCUUGA